UCUACUAUAUAACUCUUCAAGCAUCGACUUCCAUUGAUGCCAUCUCUCUCUCAUCCAAAGACAAUGACAAGUUCAACAAGAAGGCUAGAAGGAAAGGUAGCAUUGAUCACUGGCGCAGCAAGCGGUAUUGGUGAGUGCACUGCAAAACUAUUUGCUGAACAUGGAGCAAAAGUUGUCAUUGCAGACAUCCAAGACCAAUUUGGUCAAGCAGUUUGUGAGGCCAUAGGCACAUCAAACUCCAUAUAUGUCCAUUGUGAUGUAACCAAUGAAGAACAUGUCAAAAACGCUGUAGAUACUGCAGUUUCCACAUACGGAAAACUUGACAUCAUGUUUUGCAAUGCGGGGAUAGCAGAUCCUAACAAGCCACGUAUCGUUGAUAAUGAAAAGACAGACUUUGAGCGUGUGCUUAGUGUCAAUAUAACAGGUGUCUUUCUAAGCAUGAAACAUGCUGCUAGGGUUAUGGUUCCUGCACGAUCUGGCUCAAUUAUAUCAACGGCUAGCUUGUCUUCAAAUAUUGGUGGUGCAGCCUCACAUGCUUAUUGUGCUGCAAAACACGCUGUAGCUGGUUUAACCAAAAAUCUAGCUGUGGAACUUGGACAAUUUGGUAUAAGAGUCAAUUGUUUGUCUCCUUAUGCAAUGGUCACACCACUAGCCACAAGUUUCGUUGGGCUUGAAGGGGAAGCAUUAGAAACUGUGAUGAACUUACUUGGGAAUCUUAAGGGACCAACACUCAGAACAGAUGAUGUUGCUAAGGCUGCUCUUUUUCUUGUGAGUGGCGACUCACAGUAUAUUAGCGGACAAAAUUUGUUUAUAGAUGGCGGAUUUGGCAUUGUUAAUCCAUCAUUUAAUAUGUUUAAAUACCCAGAGAAUCUUUAAACUGACAGAUUUCAUCUUAUCACAUAACAAAUAAGACAAGUUGUAUGGUUUUUUUUUAUUUAUAAUUUUAAGAUUCCAUGAGCUGUUUUAAGGAAUUACA